GGCUUUAUGCGACCAUCCAUCUCGGUAUGCCUUGGUUAUACAGCAGUACCGCCCAGCCAUCGUGUUCGGACUCUUUCACUUCCCCAAUGCUGCACGAAGCCCUUUGUCAAAACCACCGUAAUGUAUUGAAUUCUUCUGCUUCAGUAUUACUUGCAAGUGUUGCCACCAACAGUUAUCCGCCUAAUAGCAGCCAAAUGGUGACGCGUGAAACGGUUCACCAAUUUCCGGAUUUACUGAGGCAUUCCCUCACGAGACCUUUGUUCGGACAGUUUGGACCUAUGCUGCACAGUGAUAUUCGGUCACAUCAGCCUUUUCAUCUUCCGCCAGCUACUUUAGAUCACGGGUUGCGGAGUGGUUCAGAUAGCACCGUCGAUCAUUCUAUGCUUCAUCCUACGUUACCGAAACGCAGAAGAGUGUCUCCGGGUUUACUUGACUGCACACUUUGUCCAGUGUGCGAUGCUCCUGGUCCAGGCAUCCAUUCUUCAAAUGUGACUUCCCACAACCUUUUAGAGGCUGCCAUUCGCAUGCAAUCAUCUGCACCUGUCGUCCCAGCUGUACAUCUCAUUCAUCCGAACUGGCAGGGUGAUGUUCAUAGCUCCUUCCACAAUGGAUUCCACCAGAUCCCUAUCCCGACUCCCAGUUGCGCGCCAGCCAUCCUACCUUGUGGCGGCGCCAGUCCACCCACACCUCGAAACACACAGUAUCACCGUGUUCCACCUUCGAACGCAUUGAGGCAAAGAAGACGUCAACCACAAGUUCAUCGCCCAAAUUACUUCCAAUCUUCAGGCCCAGCAAGCCCCCUACAAACGACAUCACAAUGCUUUCCGCCUGAUUGUGCGCCUGGAGCUACAAGAACUACUCAAGAGGAACCCUUGGCUCCAAUCUCCUCUUCACUAGUUGUCAGCGAUCCCAUUGCAUCAAACAAGUCACCUUCAGCCGCAAACAUCGUAAUCAGCGAAGCCAAUACUCGGCAACGAAGCUGCUCUGUUGUAACCCGCGUAGAAACAUCAGCGGUGCUCGAUGGCAAUUCUCUAUCUGCCUCUUAUACCGGUGGAACUCAGUCGACAAAUGCCACCGACUACUCUUCAGGGACCAAUCGUUAUGGUCUUUGCUCGGAGAAUGCAAUUUUCAGUAGCGACGGUCCCUCUUGUACACAAUCCGAUGAAGCAACAACCGUGGCUGCCGCUGCUGCCGUGGCCUCUGCUGCUGCUCGCGCUGUCGCUGCAGCAGCACAAGCUGUUUCAGCCGUCGUCGUACACCACCGUCAGUCAGUUGACUAUUCACAGCACGCAAGCUGUCAGGAACCGCAGCUUGCCGUACUUUCUACUUCCAGAGCUGGUGUAGAUCCCACAACACUUCGUUGUAACCCGAGCCCACCGACCUCUCUGUGCGAAGGCACUACCGAAGGACACUUUAAUCCUUUCUCAUUUCGAACCCAUCUUCCACCAAGACUGUCUUUUAAUGGGAAUGCUAUCUUAUCGGAUCCCCGUGAUUCAUCUUCCGCUCAAGUUGACUCGUCCACAGGAUGCAUUAUCUCUACUGGUCAAUCUCAUUACAGUACUGACCAGCCGGUGUCCAUUCCUUGCGGAGUCGGCUUGUCAAGUAGUAUCCCUACUCUAGAGCGUGGGCACCCUAGUGCUGCUAAUUUAUUUUAUGGUUCUCAGGGAAGCAACUCAGUAAGUGUUCCACAGCACCUUCACGCUGCUUUCAUACACUUUGGUGGACCCUUGAAUGCGAUUCCUUCUACCUUGGACUCUCUUACUGCGCCUGUUUGCCUGGAACCAGUUUCUCCUUGUGCAGCUCUCAGUUCUAAUUUGAAUCCCUCUCGAACCAACCAUUUGUCGUGCGUUCCGUCUUCCAUCUUGGCUCCACAUUUCCCGCCGGCUCAACUGUUGUCUGUUCCCCCCACUCAUAACUUGGAUAGUGCAGUGCUUGCUAUACCAACAGCGACAACGGGCGUUUAUCAGGUGGCCACAUUGUCACAAUCGGCUCAUGCAGGUCUUGUAACGCUUCCAUCAGAAGUCGCCGCUGCGUUGAAUGCGGCAGCCCUCAAUCAGUGCUCGUCAUCGGCGUUUCAGCUGGCUCGUGGUGGCUGUGCACCCGAUGUCAUAGUCAGUUUACCGCAACAACUCCCACCCUCUCACCUCUUCAUCAAUUCCGGAUUGUCUGUGGCUGACUCACUGAAUCCUGCUACCAUUCUUCCCAUCCAAACAAUUCCGUCUCUGUCUUCGACCUCACGAUUUCCCACGUUGUCUACGACGCGCGACAUACAGACACUUUUCCAGUUUCUACGUUUAGUGAAUCAGCGGCAGGACCCUUACUCGUUACCAUAUUAUCCGUCUGCAAUGACAGCCACCGCUGGUGGAUCCAAUGUUAGCGUGGUCGUGAGCGCCUCCUCUGGUGGCGCAACUGGCACUCGUGUGGCCUCCGCGGUUACUCCUCCUUUGGCUCCUCACCACCCCAUCACAUCCCAGCCUCUUGCUGGUUCCACAUUACCAUCCUCUCCUGCACCUCCUGAUUUUAUCUACCGCACUCAGAACUCUCAUCUGACAAAUAUUUCAACAGCUCUGCAGCCUACCAGUUCGACUGCUGUGGCAUUGGCUGCGGUCGCCAUGGCCGCAGCAGCAGCAUUACAACAACAAAACACGAAUCAUGUUCCUACAGAUGUGAUGUCUGGUCUCUCCACCCCACCAUCCGCACUUACCCCAUCCAUACCGGUUCCAAUCUUGCACGCUCACCUCUAUUAUCCAACGAGUAUGAGCACUGUUCAAUCACCACCUUCCAAUUACGUGCCCUCUUGUUACCAUCCCCACUAUGGGGCUAAUUCCGAGACCCUUCAUAAUUCAUCGAUCCCUUCGCACACUUCUGCGGGCAAUCCAUUCAGCAACACCAGCAUAGCUUCUCCAGCCUACCUGACGCAACUAUUUCCUUUCCUCUUGGCUGUUCCUUCCAGCGGCCGUCAUUCCAGUUUGCUGAACGAUCUUCAAAACCCGGUUAACACCCAGUUUGGUCUCAACCAUAAUUCAUCGCUUGGUGGAGGUCGAACGUCUGCGGCAACUGCUGCGGCCGCUGCCGUGGCUGCUGCAGCUGCAGCUGCUGCAGCCAGUGUCGACACGUUGUAUCAAUUGGCCUUUCAGUUGGAAUCCAGUACAAACCGCUCUCGUGGUCUUAGCAGGGAAGAGCUAGAUACCUUAUCUACCCGGUCAUAUCGAGGCCAGGUUAACUCGGACUCGACAAUACCCGAUGGGCCCGAAAGUUCCGAAUGUUUUGCAACAGCUGAUGAACGGUGUAUGAUUUGCUUGGAAGAUUACAAGCCUAAGGAUCUUCUGCGAACUUUAAGAUGUCGUCACGAGUAUCAUGUAGCAUGUGUGGACAAAUGGCUGAAGAAUAAACGCACAUGCCCUUUAUGUCGGGCCGAUGCUUUUGAUGGCACUCAGAAGAAGGAGGACGUAUUUUAACUUGUUUUGGAACGAUGCCCGUCUUAUCCUCAAGUUCCGACAGACUUCUGAUCACACCGUCUUUUCACUCCACAACCCCUCGUUUUACCUUGGUUCCUUUUUUGUCGUGCACCUCUUGUUUUCAUCGUAACUCUCAAUGCAUGUGCACCCUGUUCGGCUUACACAUUCAUUUACACUCCUUUCUGCCGAAACCGACCACAAAGUUUUCGACUUGUCCUUUUUGUGGCUUUCUUUUACCAUGUGUUUGUGAAUUCGUGUAUGCGUGUCUCUUCACAAAUCGCUCGUCCUUUCUUCAAUCGGACAUCGAUGUAUUUCGACUACAGUUUCACAACUUAUCCAUGUGCUUACUGGGAGAGAAGUGCAGAAUGGCAGGAGCUCCUUUUGUAUAGCUCGGCAUGGUUUGAUGCCUGCGCAUCACUUGCCAUUACAAUAAACCUCCCCUUAGUACGUUGCUUUCGAU